UUUGCUCUUCAACCUCCUGCAAGCCUCUUCCUCCCUCUGUCGCUCUUCUCAUCCUUUACUGAAAGCUCUAAAACCGAAGCCAAAAUCUUGAUAUAUAUGGGGAGAGUUCCUUGCUGCGAUAAAAAUGGCCUUAAGAAAGGCCCGUGGACGCCAGAGGAGGACCAGAAGCUCAUUGAUUAUAUACAGAAGCAUGGCCAUGGCACUUGGAGAACCCUCCCCAAGAAUGCAGGUCUUGCAAGAUGUGGGAAGAGCUGCAGGCUUCGAUGGGCGAACUAUCUUCGACCAGACAUAAAGAGAGGAAAAUUCUCUUCUGAAGAGGAGGAGACCAUCAUCCAAUUGCACAGCGUCUUAGGCAACAAAUGGUCUGCAGUUGCUGCGCGCUUGCCUGGAAGAACAGAUAACGAGAUAAAAAACUACUGGAAUACUCAUAUCAGGAAGAGGCUUCUUCGCUCAGGAAUUGACCCUGUGACACACAGGCCCCGGCUCGACCUUCUCAACCUAUCUUCCCUUCUCAAUACCGUGCUCUUCAACCAAUCCACACAACUUGAAGCCUCGAGAUUUCUUGACAUCAAAGCUCAACUGAACACUCAUGAGCUACUGAAUAUUGCCAUCAAUCUGUUGCAGUCUCAGUGUCAAAAGCAAAAUCUCUUUAAAUACAACCAAGUUCAAGAAUCAUCGUUACCUUAUAACCCAACUCAAUUUAUGAAUGCAAGUCAGUGGCAAUACAAUGAAGCAAGCUCUUGCAGUUUAAGUGAGAAUUUGGGGACUGUUAAUAAUGAUCUUAUAAGAUAUCAGAACAUGGAGCAACCAAAGCCUAGUUUGUUAUAUGACGCAUUCAAUGCGAAACUGAUCAAUAGUGAUCAGAACUUAUACAACAAUCUUGAUUCGGUACUAUCAACGCCUGUGUCGAGUGUGACUUUGAACAAUUCUUCUACGAAUAUCAACAAUAGUACAGAAGAUGAGAAAGAUAGCUACUGUAGUAAUUUCUUUGAUUUCCAGAUUCCUGACUUGUUAGAUAUGAGUGAGUUCAUAUGAAAUUCGAAUAGUGGGAGAUUGAGAGGGACUAAAGAGGAAGAAAAAUGAAACAAAAAAAAAAAUUAGGAAAUUUGUAUGCUUGCAGUUGUCUUUAAUUUUGUUCAUAAUGUGGAUAAUUUGGAAUUGUUUGUCCUUAUUUUCCUUUUUCUUAAUGAAAUUUGAUAUAUAUAGAGAGAGGCUUCGUUUG